GGGGCGUGAAGGGCUGUGAAAAGGCUGCUGCAGAUACUCCAGCGGGGAGAAGUGGGGGCUGAUGCUAAAUGACAGAGGAGACCUGCUGGCAAAAGGCUGAGGGUGAUGUCCUCUUUGCUCCGGUCUUCGCUUGCAAGGGCUGUGUCCCAGCUGCCCAGGUCCCGAGGUGCAUCUUGGCUGUAGCAGAGCUUGAGCUCGAGCAGUUUGGGGCAGGCCUGCCGCCUGAGCCAGGCACACGGGGCCCCUGGGGCCGGCGGCUGGCUCGGAAGGAGCAGCCCCGGCAUCAGCAGGGCGAUCUCCGAGGGGCCGGAGGGCUGCCGGGAACUGGGGAAAGCGAACGUCACGCCUGGCUUGCAGCAGGAGGAUGCAGGGAAACUGCCGGCUGGGCGGCCGGACCCUGGCCGGCAGGAAGGCGGGGGAGCAAAGCGUCCUGAAAACCACAAGCCCCCGCUUACAGGAGGAUACUUUGGAGCAUCCUAACAUGGUGUGGGAAGUGAAGACAAAUCAGAUGCCUAAUGCAGUUCAGAAGCUGCUCUUGGUAGUGGACAAGAGAACUUCAGGGAUGAAUGACUCACUGGAGUUGCUGAAGUGUAAUGAAAACCUGCCAUCUUCUCCGGGAUACGCGUCCUGUGAUGAGCACAUGGAACUCGACGAUCUUCCUGAGCUACAGGCUGUGCAGACAGAUUCUACCCCACCUGCACUUUUCCAGCUUGGUGCCGAUGUUUCACAUCAGGAAUGUUCAAGGCCUUUGUGGAACCAACAUACCUCAAGCAGCGAUUCAGAGAGCGCUUACUCGUGUGAGAAUGGGGUGAACUGGUUGACAGAACUAGCAAAUAUAGCCACAAGUCCUCAGAGUCCUUUGAUGCAGUGCUCUUUUUAUAACAGAUCAUCUCCUGUUCACAUAAUAGCUACAAGCAAAAGUUUACAUUCCUAUGCACGUCCUCCACCAGGAUCCUCAAAGAAUGAUCCCAACUUCUCCAAGAACGAUUUGGAUGAAACACCAGUCAGACAUGAAAGGGCGAAUAGUGAAUCAGAAUCUGGCAUUUUCUGCAUGUCGUCACUUUCAGAUGAUGAUGAUCUAGGAUGGUGCCAUUCUUGGCCCUCAACUGUUUGGCACUGUUUUCUAAAAGGCUCUCGUUUGUGCUUUCAUAAAGGCCGCAAUAAAGAAUGGCAGGACGUUGAAGAUUUUGCAAGAUCUGAAAGCUGUGGAAAAGAGGAAGAUGUCUCAGCAAGUGCCUACAAGGGCUAUGGUUCUGAUGGUUUGAAGUUGAUUUCUCAUGAAGAAAGUAUUUCCUUUGGUGAGUCAGUGCUGAAGCUGACUUUUGAUCCUGGCACAGUGGAAGAUGGUUUGCUUACAGUAGAAUGCAGACUUGAUCACCCUUUUUAUGUUAAAAACAAAGGUUGGUCAUCUUUUUAUCCAAGCUUGACUGUGGUACAGCAUGGCAUUCCAUGCUGUGAAAUGCAUCUUGGAGAUCUGUGUCUACCUCCUGGACACCCUGAUGCCAUUAACUUUGAUGAUUCAGGUGUUUUUGAUACAUUUAAAAGUUAUGAUUUUACACCAAUGGAUUCCUCUGCAGUUUAUGUGCUCAGCAGCAUGGCUCGCCAGCGUCGCGCUUCUCUGUCUUGCGGAGGAUCAAACAAUCAAGAUGCUGAGAGAUCAGAGUGCAGUACUAAAAACUGUGUGUCUACUGCAUCAGCACAUCUUUCCUCCAGUUCUUUGUACAGCAAAGCUGGCAAAAGCCACAGCUCAGGGACUGCAAGUACUGUGAGUGCCACUUCUCCAAACAAGUGCAAAAGACCGAUGAAUGCCUUCAUGCUUUUUGCCAAAAAAUACAGAGUUGAAUAUACUCAGAUGUAUCCAGGGAAAGACAACAGAGCCAUAAGUGUGAUACUUGGUGACAGGUGGAAGAAAAUGAAAAAUGAAGAAAGACGGAUGUACACACUAGAAGCCAAGGCCUUGGCGGAAGAACAGAAACGUUUAAAUCCUGAUUGUUGGAAACGAAAACGAACAAAUUCUGGCUCACAACAGCAUUAAGCCAGAACUUUGCUGUUAACUCUGUAUUUACAAAAUGGCUGUUGCUUGAUGGCAAGAAGACGCAAGAUCAAGGUCUUACUAUUUGUUGUGAAUUUGUGUGACCAUAAAAUAUUGGCACCAUCAAGUCAGAAAUGAGGUAGUAUGAGUGCAGAUUUGCUUUUUACAAUAGAACAUUAAGUAAGCUAAAACUAUCAACAUUUUAAACCAAAUUGCCUUAUUUUUCUUCCAAACUUCGUAUAUGUAUCAGGUAAUAUAGGCUUGAAAAUGGAUAUCCUGUGGUGCUAAAGUACUUUAGAAAGAGGCGAAGGAGAUGUGUAUAAAUGUUUAUUUUUAAAAGAAAAUGUACAAAAAGGGGAAUUUUAAAAUACGUAACAGCUGUUUAUAUACAUUGAUUCUUAUUGCUGAUUCCUAUGUAUUGCACAACCAUAUUAUUAAUUACGAUUCUCGGAUCUGGGAGUUUCUGAAAUGGCAAAACGUAGCGUCAGCCUGUCGCCUUCCCAGUCCGCCCAGAUGCCAACACGUUACCGGGACGUGGUAAAUGGAGAGCGUAGUGUGAUGUAGCACGGGAGCCGCUUCUUGGGUUGCCAUGUAUAAACUUUGAGUCCACAAGUGAGAUGUUUUUGCACCCGCUGGCAAUAGCAGGAGCUGUUCUUUCCAAUGGAAGCAAUGGCCCAGACCAGGAUGAAACGAACGAAUAGCAUUAUCUCAAGAAAAAUGGUGCUGUCGAUAUUGUCACCAUCAUAGUUUUAACUUUGUGUUUUGUCUUUGCCACAUAUUCUCCAAUAUUUUAUUUUGCCAUAAGACAUCUUUGUGGUGGGGGCAAACUUUGCACUUAACUAUACGUGCAACACUUGCACUUUACUUUUUUUUCCUCCAACUGUCUAAAAUUAGAGCAGCUGCAGUAGGAUUACAAGUGCUUCUGCUGUGAACUUUUACAAUCAUGGCUUUUCAUGUACUAAACAGCUGUGUUUCUCUUUUUUUUUUUUUUAAAUCACAACUGUAAAUUUCAGUUUAUGACACGUCUACAAGAUGUUGCCCCUAAGAUUUUUGCACACUAUAUUCUUGUAUAUUGUUUCAAAUAAAUUCAUUUAAAAUUC